UGUUCGUCAGUUGAGUAUGUACACACAUAACGGAAACUAGUUUAUAUCAUCAAAAACUGAAUUUUUUUUGGAUUUAAAUUUAAAUUAAAUAAAAAUGCUGCGCACUUUAGCAGGGACAAAAAGAUGCCUAAGCCUUGCCAGUGGGACACUUAUGAAAACGACUUCUAAUCAGCUGUGGGCUCCAAACAAUGUACCGUCCAUUACAUCUACCUUAAGAUUCCGUCAUUAUACUACGCCCACGCACAUCAGUCAAUCGGUUCCUGACAAUUCGGGCACCAUGUCGGAAAUUAAGGAAGAGAUGAUGAAACGUCUGGGUCUGGACCACGGUUAUCAGCCCCUGCCAAAGUCGCGCAGUCAUCUCCUCAAGUAUCAUCCCAAGUUGGAGGAGUUACCACCACGUUCAAUGCAAGACUCAUUUACCUCGGCCAUCAUACCACUCAGCAAGAAUCUAGCGCUGCAGGAUAAAUAUGUGACAUAUCUGGGCAACGUGCGCAUGGGUCGACUUCUGGAGGAUAUGGAUAUGUUUGCUGCCUGGUGCUGUCACAAACAUGUGCUCAUACCCCAGCUGCCGGCGGAUAUACCUUUGCCGUACACUUUUGUGACGAUUCUAGUGGAUCGCAUUGAUUUCACUAAUACGCUUGCCUCCGGCACCCAAGAUGUACGUCUGUCCGGGCAUGUUUCGUGGGUGGGCACCAGUUCCAUCGAGGUAGUCGUUUGGCUGGAGCAGUUGCAAAACGGCUCCUAUGUUAAAUUGACGCGUGCCCUCUUCCUAAUGGCCGCACGAAAUGCAACUAAUACAGGAGCGGCACCGGUCAAUCCCAUUAAGCCGGCCACCGAUGAGGAGUCGACCAUUUUGGCUGGCGGCAAGGAACGGAAAAAUCAACGUCAAUUGCUUCGCGCCCAGUCCAUUUUCAAGGUAGAACCCAACGAUUCGGAACAAACACUCAUGUAUGAGCUGUACAAGCGCACAACGCCCAGCGACACUAUGGAACUGAACAAACGUAUCUUGCCGCCAAACUGUCGCUGGAUGUCGCAUUCGUAUCAGAUGAGCACCAUACCCUCGUUUCCCGAACAUCGUAACCAUCAUAAUCGCGUCUUUGGUGGCUUUCUCAUGCGUUGUGCUUUAGAGAUUAGCUGGGCAGCUGCAGUGCUUUACUGCCGGACACGUCCCAAACUAGAGCACAUUUCGGACAUUAGCUUCGAGAAACCCGUGAGCGUGGAUUCGUUUAUUAAGAUGACGGCCUAUGUUGUGUACACGAACAUGAACUAUUUACAAAUCAUGACAGUGGCUGAAGUGCUGGAGCCGCACUCGGGCAAGCAGGUAACGACCAACACCUUUUAUUACACCUUCUUGGCCCCGGACAAGGUGACCGAGGUGUUGCCGCUGUCCUAUCACGAGACCAUGUGGUACAUUCAAGGACGUCGAAAGUUCGAAAACAACAUGGGACUCAAUGGGAAAAAGGAUAAGGAUAAUGCAAUAUGAGGAGGCUAUGCUGACGAGGCAAUACAAAAUAUAUAGAGGGAAACUCGUGAGCGUUGAUUAGCUUUGGAGCAACCAAAGAAACAUUUGGACUCAAAAUUAAUUUUAAAAGUAAUAUAACGUUUUUGAAACUAUAUUCUAUUCAAUUAUUAUUUAAUGCUUUAAUUACAAUUGUAUAAUACUUAUAAACAAACAGUGAAGAAAUGAAAAUCACUUAAUAAAUAAAU